CAAGGAUAUCCCGCGGAGGUUUGAAGGAAUUGUCUCGUCUGCCCACGGGAGACUAGACGCACGCCCAUUUCAUCUCGCGUUGAGAUGAAUGGCUGCGCCAGACUCUAAUCGCUAUCUCCGAGCUUCUUCCCGACCGCCAUGUCGCAGCGUGCCAGCACGAAGAGCACGGUGAUCGACCAGGUCGUGUCGAAGACAUUGUCCGUGGUGAUCGUGCUCGGUCUCUCGCUCGUGGUCUUCGCCUACCGACGAUCUCUGACACCCCUCUACGGCGCCGUACCAACUGAUCAUCAUUUCAACAAGGUCGUAUGGGGUGCUUGCAUUGUUGGUAGCUUUGCGCCACGUGUCUCGAUCUCGCCAGCUAUUUUGGCGGCUGGACUCUUGCUAUGUCUAAUGCCAAACAGUGCAUACUGGAUGGCUGUGUAUACGGGAAGAAUGGGCAAUGUCAUUUGGGGACCUGUCGUGACACAUUUGACUGUAAUCACUCCUGUGAUUGCUCUCGGUGUAGCUGUGGUGAAAGCUCUUCAGCAUGACCCCAAUCAAGAACAAGCCGCGCCUCAGCAAAUGAUCACACUCCCCAUCGCACAAACGACUAUCAUGACUUUGCAAGAGUUAUGGGCUGUUACUCCAUGUAUCAAGGACCUAGCGGAGGACCAAAUUAUGCUACAAGCGGGAACGCUUGCUCUCGUGACAUGGGCCGUCUCUCCUCUGCUUGCAUCGUCCCCGCCUCCAUCUCCUGCUCCUGAUGUGCCGUCGACGGUCUCAACCGAGCCUGUCGGCGACAUCUCUGUCAGGGCCACGAAGUCUCCUUCAACUCCCACGAAGGGAAGGGCACAGCGUAGGCGCAAGCCGUCAACGUCCAAGGUGGCCACGGUUCUGCCGGCAACUGCAGCCGUACCGGCAGCAUCCACGCCUCCCUCUCUACCACCGCCAAAGAAAAUUACUGGCUUGAACCUUGCCCGGCUCCUUCUCCUUCCUAUUUUGCCGUUCCUCACGUCUACCGUCCUCCAAUCUCCCGUCCUUUCGAAGCCGCUAUUGCAGCCGUACAUACACCCUACGUACCCCUUGCGUAUUCUCUCUUCUGUCCGUUCUUCGUUCUCCGGCGUUGUUGUCGUUGGCGAGGCGCUUCCUCCAACCGAGAAUCAGCCGAUCGCCGGUGAUCUGCAUUCGCUGAGAUACCUUCGGGCCGGACACUCGCUUCUAGGAGGAAGAUGGAUUGGUGAGCUAGCGACAAUGGGCGUGCGUGGCGAGGAAGAUUUGGCUUUGGACCAAAACGGGGAACCAUUGGGCGAAUCCAUCUACGCCGCCUUCGUGUUGCAAGAAGCCGCGAGGCUCGUAGAGAAGCCGGAUGGGCGAGAUCCGCAGAAUGCAUUGGUGAUUGGCUUGGGUGCAGGCAUAUCUGCGUCCGCGUUCAUGAAGCACAAUGUAUCAACUACGAUCAUCGAGAUUGAUCGGGCGGUAUAUGAUGCAGCACGACAUUUCUUUGCACUUCCAAAACCUGACCGCCUGGUCAUCAAGGAUGCUGCGACGUGGAUAAGGCAACAGACGGGGGAGCUGAAUGACACUAGGGAGGCGGGUGGUGUCGAGCAUGGCGAGAAGGAACAGUACGACAUCGUCGUGCACGACGUAUUCUCGGGUGGAUCUCUGCCGUCACAUCUCUUCACGAUGGAGUUUUGGAACAGCACCAAAGCGAUUUUGAAGGCCGAUGGCGUUCUCGCCGUGAACCUGGCGGGGCCCUUGAACUCGGACUCAUCCCGCGCUAUCAUUCUGACUAUUGAGUCUAUGUUUGGACAAUGUCGUGCGUUUUGCGACGAGCUAGACCCAGCAGAACAAGCGCGAAAUGAAUACCAUAAUUGGGUUGUCUUCUGUUCCACGUCUUCGCAGCCGCCUACGUUCCGUGCUGCCCGGGAAUCCGACUACCUCGGUUCUUUACAACGCGCCAGCAUCCUCUCCACUUUGUCGCGGCGUGAGGCUGACCUUACCUUCUUGAGGGAAGGGCUGAGCGAAGAGCAGAAGGAGAGGUAUCUUCUGACGAACAUGAGGAAUCCGUUGGAGAAAUGGCAGGAGAAGGAAGCACUGAAUCACUGGAAGAUUAUGAGACAAGUGUUGCCGGACGUGAUUUGGGAAACGUAUUGAAGAUUGGAUAUAACAUGACAUUGUAUCACGCGAGGGUCGUUCGAAGCUGUGCUGUACUGAGAUGCAAAUCUUCCGCUGUGCUCUUAGCAUGGCAGGAUUAUAUACAGAUACUGCAGACGUAAAGGCAGCUGCCGACCGGCCGGGUUUGAAGAGCCA